CGGGCUGUGUUGUAAUGUGUACGCGGAUUUGUUGAGGGAAAAUAUUUAGAAGUUAAAUGUAUAAUCAUGUCUGGGUCUCAAGGAGUCACCGCUUUGUGUGAGAAUCCCACCGAGGUGUUUAUGGACGUUUCCAAAUUGCUCAUUACGUAUGCGGAUAAUAUUCUGAGGAAUCCAAAUGAGGAGAAAUACAGAUCGAUCCGUAUUGGGAACCCAACAUUCUCCACCAAGCUUUUGCCUGUGAAAGGAGCAGUGGAAUGCCUUUUUGAUAUGGGAUUUGAGGAGGCUGAGACCCACCUGGUGUUUCCUAAAUCAGCAUCAGUGGAGAGGCUGAGACAGGUGCGGGAGACGAUUGCUGCUGAGAGAGACCAGAGAAUUGGGGCGAGCAAAGUUGCAUCCAAUCCACAAAGUGCCAGAGUUGCUCCGAGUCCUGCCCCGAUUCCACCCUCCACUCCUUCUGCAGGGCCAGAAUGUGCUGCUGCCCCCCCUACACCCGCACCAGCAGCUCUGCCAUUCACUGCAAGCAGUGUGUCAUUUCUUCGAACAUUGCAGUCAAACUUCCAGCAUGUGAUAAUAUAUGAGAGCCCUGCAUUGCAACAGAAAGCUUUGAACUGCAUACCUCAUGAACUGCUCAAGUCCAGAGCUAAAGAACGUCUCAAACAAGCCAAUGAUGCAGAUCCAGCAUGUAGUCUAUCUGAGGAGGACAUGUUGGUUCUAGACUUGUUGCAGUGGUUUAAAGGAGAGUUCUUUUCCUGGGUGGAUAGUCUGCCAUGUAGCCGAUGUGGAGGCAGAACCCAAACUGCUGGAUCCUUAUCCCCUUCAAAUGAUGAGCUGCGCUGGGAUGCAGGCCGUGUAGAGGACCACUACUGUCAGACUUGCCAUCUCUCCAACAGAUUUCCAAGGUACAAUAAUCCAGAGAAGCUCCUAGAGAGCAGAAGAGGGCGCUGUGGAGAAUGGGCAAACUGUUUCACAUUGUGCUGCCGAGCCUUAGGUCUUGAGGCAAGGUAUAUCUGGGACAGCACAGAUCACGUGUGGACUGAAGUGUAUUCUCACUCGCAACAACGCUGGCUGCACUGCGACCCUUGUGAAAAUGCAUGCGAUAAACCCCUCCUGUAUGAAGUUGGCUGGGGGAAAAAACUCUCCUACAUCCUGGCAUUCUCCAAGGACCAAGUUGUAGAUGUGACAUGGAGGUACUCCUGUAAACACCCAGAGGUCCUGUCUAGACGCACACAGAUUCAGGAGACAUGGUUGCUUCAUAAACUUAAUGAACUCAACUCUAUGAGACAGCAGUCUUUAGAACCAGAGAGGAAGAAAGAGCUGAUGCAAAGGCUGGUGGUGGAACUAGUGGAAUUUAUUUCUCCCAAGACCCCUCAAUCUGGAGAGCUGAGUGGCCGUAUAUCAGGAUCUCUGGCUUGGAGGGCAGCUCGAGGGGAGACUGGAGCAAACAGUGCCAAAGGGGACACAGAGGAAUGUGUCUUCAUUCCUUCAGAAUCUGAGAAGCAAACAAAGUUGUUCCACAUUUGUUACAAUGUGGCCAAAGACUGUUACAUCAGAGUGAGCAAUGGCCAAGAGACUCUCUCAGGAUGGCAGAGAGGUGUUUGGAGAAAAAAAAACGUGUUCAGAAAAGAGGAGCUUGAUUGGCAGAUGGUGUACUUGGCACGAACCGAGGGCUCUAUCUCUGGAAGGAUAAGCUGGAAGUUUGACUGCGUUUCUGUAGGGAUGAAGAUAAAAUCAGCUUCAGUCAAAGCCUUCAGCCAGACCUUCCAUUCAGGCAGCGUUCACUGGAGUGUACAUUCCACCCAGAAAACCAUAGAGUUUCCUGGAGAUGGCGAACUGCACUCUGCUGCGAGUCUGUCUGGAGGCACUGAGCUGAUUGUAGAGGCAGAGCUUACGGGAGGGGAGGGGGACGUGUCAUGGCAACACGCUCAGCUGUUCAGACAGAGUUUGGAGGAAACUGAGAAAGUUUUAUUUGAGCUGCGGGUUGAAAUGGAACAGUCUUGAUGAAAGAUUUAGUCA